AUGAAGAUCUGUUUGACUUUGCAGUCUGGCUUCAGCUUAAGACUCCCAUCCUUUCCCUAUCCCCUCACAGUCUGGAAGCAUCCAUCCUCCAGGCACCAACGUCUUCCUGCCAGGACUGCACUAGGCACCCAAAUUGUUCACACAAUGCCUGAACCGUAAAGAAAAUCCAAGAUCUCAGCCUCGCGCAAACUCCUUUUGAAGAGUUUGAUGCUGGCUAAGGCCAAAGAACAGUGGGAACAAGAGCAAGUGGACAAACAAGGAGAGAAGGAGAGAUAUUUGUCAGAGAGGGUUGCACCUCUGCGGACCAGUGGACUUUCCUCAAGCCAGCUUCAGGACCUGUGCAGGGAGCUACAUGAGAAAAUAGACGUCGUGGAUGAGGAACGCUAUGACAUAGAAGCAAAAUGUAACCAUAACAUGCGGGAGAUUAAAGACCUAAAAUUGAAAGUGCUUGACCUUCGGGGAAAAUUCAAACGGCCUCCACUGCGGCGUGUCCGGGUUUCUGCCGACGCCAUGCUGAGGGCUCUGCUUGGGUCUAAACACAAAGUUUCCAUGGACUUGAGAGCCAAUCUCAAAUCUGUCAAGAAGGAGGACACUGAAAAGGAGCGUCCCGUUGAAGUGGGCGACUGGCGUAAGAAUGUGGAAGCCAUGUCAGGAAUGGAGGGCAGGAAGAAGAUGUUUGAUGCUGCCAAGUCUCCAACAGGACAGUGAGAGGUCCAUUACAGAAGGACGAAGACUGUUUCCCACAGUGCCUGCAUCUCUUUGCCCAUCUUUUGCCCUUACCUUGCCUCAUCUUCUUGCAUUAACUUUAGAGUCACAACAGUUCUGAAUGUUACUGAAAGAUGGCCAUGACUUUGCACUUCAUGCACUCUCAACUCUGCCUGAACCAGCAGAACUAUCAAAAGAAAGGUGCAGUUUCUUCUAGCCAGCCAGGCCCGUGGUGUGACCAGUGAGCUUCUCAUGGACUGCAGCAUUCCCCCUGAGGUUGUCUUUGACCAGGCUGGAAAGGCCGACCUUGAGAAGAGGAAUGUACUGAAGUGCAGAGGGACAGAGGGUAAUUAAACUUAGCCGGCCAUCCUGUGCCAUACAGAAGAGCUCACCAAUUGCAUUAGCUAGUAGAUGCAGAAAGGCAGAUCUGUCGGCCUCCCUAGUUCUUAUGCAUGAGGGAUGUUGCUAGGGAUUUUGGCCUCUUCUUCCCAUCCAGAAAUCUGGGUGAUCAACUCCAUGGUACUCCAGCCCUCUCCGUGACAGUUCUGAUAUGUACAGCUAGGAGGAUACAAACUCUGUUUCUCUCCAUUCAUU